ACUCGCCGAGGCGAGUGGAGAGCACGUAUUGCACAGUCGUGUGUGAGUAAGAACAGCAGGAGUUGCUGCUUCACUACGACGACUAUUACUAGUGUUACUAUUACGACGUCUGUACUCUCUAUGUAGCUAGCUUUCGGGCAUCGGAAGGCAAGACUGUCGGCCUGUUUCAACGUCUAUCUAGCGUUUGUGGAUGCCCAGUUUUGUCAGUCAGUUAGUCAGUCGGAAAGUGGCCGGCUGAGGCGGAAUAGUAACAAUAGCGAAGAGGAGUGAAUAGUAAGACCACAAAAUAACGAGAAUUACAGCAGACUGCGACUACAGUUACAAUAACGGUAAUAGCAACAGCAACAACAACAACAACAACAACAACAACAACAACAACACGAAGCGCGAAGAUCAGUCGCAACCAACAGCGCGAUCUAUUCGUAGAGAAAUACUAAGAUCGGCAACAGCGCAACGGAGUAAGUUUUCUGAACUAUAAAGAGGAAAUAGUGGCAAGGCAAGAGGGUGCAACGUAUAGAACGAUGGCGAAGCAAUAUACAGCUUGGCGACGGUAACUACUAACUAAAUACGACAGCAGCGACAAGGAAUUACCAAUUGUGCCGAUUGGUGUUAAUUGAUUUGUUAAUGAUAAUAGUGCGGUGUUAAAAAUCGGCGAGUGAAAGAGAAAACGAGCGAGAGAGAGGGGGAGAUAGGGAGAGAGAGAGAGAGAGAGAGUGAGCGACCGCUAGAGAGAGUGAGAGAGUGACCAAGAACGAGCCAAUGUGAAAGUGUGUAAAAAAGAGGAUCUGCUUUAAAAUUUGGGAAAGUGAAGGAGGAAGCUAGAGUAGGAGGAAAAAUUCGAAAACGUGAAACAACAACAACAACAACAACACAACAACAGCACAACAACAGCAACAACAACACAACAGCAACAACAAUACAACAGCAACAACAAACAAACAAACAAACAAGCUUACCAUCUAUCGACCUUAGCAAGUAUUGCACAGCAACGAGGAUUACAACGAGGACGUGUACAACUGCUACACAUUGAAAUCGACAACUAGUGGUAAAACGAAAAUUUGGACUUAGAGAAAUAAAAGAUCGGUCAUCACCUCUAAUUGCUUUUGGAUGAUACGACGGUUCGGCGAAAUCGAAGUCAGUUGUUCUGGCGACAGCCAGUCAGCGGGGCUCAGUGCAAUAGUGAACGAGUAACUUAAAGUAGCAUAAAGUUCCAAAUGAGCUGGCAGUAGCUCGCAAGAAUUAGCCACUAAUAGCCACGCAACAGCGUCAGCAAGGAGAUUAUCCGUGUCUUUUUGUUCAUCUCCGGCUAUAUCGUUGUUGCAUCGCUCUGCAUCGGCCGCUAUCGAAGUGAGUGUGGUGCGCGUUGAGGCGAGACAAGCAUCAGCGACGGCAACUGGUAGGCAAGUAAGCAAGCGUCAUCUCGCGACAGCGAGUAAAGCAGCGAUCACUUGCCACCAGAGCACAGUCCUUAAGGCCGCUGUCAGCCUUAGCUCUAGCAGGCAAAGUCACUCCACACUCGGCAACACGUAGCCGCUGCCCCCGCGAUAGUACUGCCACUUGCCAAUAAUCUCGGCAGCAGCAGUGGUCAGCGAACGUCAGUAAUCGUGGUGACGUUGCUGGCAACGGCGAUCGAACACGGUGUACUAUGUAAAUCGAACACCUACCGUAAGUUUGCCGGCCAGCCGUAUCGCCUGAUACCGCAGGAAUGAAAGUCACCUAUUCAAUGGAAGACUAGUACGGCCGUCACCACACACGUGUUCAGUGGCAACGUCUCGGAGAAUGCGGCCGAUAUACUCUACACUGUUCGUUCUUGUCAGCUGCUAGUCUGCAAAAUAGCACGAAAAUUGCUUCGAAAACGAUUGCCACUGCGGGGCAGUCGCUCCGACUCAGCAACCACCGAGUCGAACAAAUGUACAGCAGCAGCAGUAGCAGCAAAAAUAACCAGCGCUGUGAAAAAUAGAAUAGGGAUACUCCGUAGUUCCGAAAGCAAUCAAUGACAGACAAGUUAACGGACGGCCCAAGCAAGUGAAACAACAACAGCAAAUGUCAGCAAGGAGGCCACCGCCGCCGCCGCCGCAGCAGCAGCCGCAGCAGCAGCAGCAGCAGCAGCAGCAGCAAACGUAACUACCACAUAAAAAAAACACCCGCCGACUGUGAGAGACAAACACCCCGAUACAAAGAAACAUCGACGACGAAUUUACAACGCCCGGACCGACAACACAUAUUGAGGUAUUAAGUAGCUUGCGACAAUGGUAACAGCAUCCGGUCGACGAAAGAGAAUUAUCGUUUCGUAAGAUCGCAUUUUUCGAAACAGAAUUGUCGUUCCGCAUCUCCCUGCUGUGUUACCUGUUGCCACUGAGGCUGAUGGUGGUGAUUGGUAAGCUAGCACACCAGUGAAAAGAGGCAUGAAAAUCAGCCACGAGUCUAUUGGGUUGAACUGUAAAAUCCUUGAUCAUCAAUCAAAUCACUUACUAAUUUUAUUACAAGUGCUACUUUUACUAUAGCAGCGUUAUCGAGCGCCGCGAGCAGAGCGGAUCGUGUCAAGUAAAUUAUUGCUACGGCUACGAAUGGUACCAGCAGUAUCUCGCUUCUAGCAUUUCGGCCACAACGGCGUUGCGGACGUGAAAAAAUCUUGCGUAACAGGUCUGCGGCAACGUUAUUAAUUAAGAGCAGCUUCUACGACGACGCCAUCGCGGCGUCCACUGUAAUCUACGACGGUUGCGGUAGCCGCUGCUGCAGAACGCACAAUACCGCAUUUUUUCCGCGACCUUUGGGAUUUUAUCCGUCAGGACGUCGAUUAAGUGAUUUGGACGUGCGUCUGUGCAGCGUCACGAUCGUACAUCUGCUGGUAGCUGAUCUACUUUUUGUUAGACAGAUGAUCAUGAUCGCGACAACUUACUAUCGUUGUACAGAAGAGCCCGAAUAAUCGGAAUAAAAGUUUAACAUAGAAUCGAUUGAAAGCGAUAAUAUCUGCGGCCCACAGCGAUUGGGUGUUGAUAAGUGUUAGGAUCUCGCACAGAAAACGAGAAAGAGCCUCUACAUCCCUCAAAUCUUAAGAGCCCUCCCUCGGCACCUCAAGAGCAACUACAGAGUUCCUUCGCCGUGAGAAAAUAAGAGUGUGUUGUGAUUCGUGAUUGGUUCGUGUUGUCCACCAAGUUAAUCUAUAAUUUCGUGGGAGUUAUUGCGUAAGUUUGUUAGAAGCGUCGUGCCUGCAUGAAGCCUUGAAAACGUCGAGUGUCUCUCCCUUUCAGCCUAUCAGGAUCGGCAGCAUUUCUGCAAAAUAGCAUACAUAUUCAGCGGACGCUUACUUUCUAUGAAUUGUUUUUCAUAAAGAAAAAACAAAAACAAAAAAAAUUUUGUAUGUGAACCGAAGGAUUUGAUUUUGGGGGAAAAAAUCACGGAUUUGCAGUGAAAAUCACACAGUGCGGUGCAACGGACUAUUCCAGUGCAUAGUAAAUUUUUUCUGUUACAAUUUCCUGCGACAACGCUGGGAAGUGCCGGAAAACUAUCUCAACCCGACGGGUACGGAAUACGCCAUGAGCUUGAGCAUCCAAUGGUUAUUGGAGGCGGCCGAGUACCUGGACCGCCGGGAGAGAGAAGCUGAGCAUGGCUAUGCCGUGUCAGUCGCGUCGAGCGGCGUACGAGCGGGUGCAGAUCGAGGCGGCGGUGGCAUUGCUGGCGGCGGCGGGCUCGUGACUCUGUGCGCGCCUUCCUCCGUUGCGACCACCACAGGCACGCCGGUUUCUUCCGUGGUGACUCACACCCACUCAAGCCACCCUGGCUCUCACGCACCGAUUGCCAGCGUUGCCGUCGUAUCUGGACGCGCUUUAUCCCCGGUGAGCCAUAGCGGCCACCCCGGCUCCCUUGAGCUAGGAAGUCCUGUUGCCGCCCUGUCCGUCUUGCCAAUCAAGAACCACACGGAAUCUGUUCAAGCUGUUCCGCACCGCGUCAGCAGAAGGGCACGAGCUAAGAAGCCUCUUGGAAACAGAUCUACACACAACGAGCUGGAGAAAAACAGGCGUGCACAUCUGCGGAACUGUUUGGAGAAAUUGAAGGAAAUUGUUCCGGUUGGUCCUGAGUCCAGUCGCCAUACCACCCUUGGUCUCCUCACUAAAGCGAAGACAUACAUCAAGUCACUUGAAGAAAAGGAGCGGCGGCACCGUAUUCACCGUGACCAGCUGCUUCGCAAGAAGCGCUAUCUAGAGCGGCUGCGAGACCAGAUGGGCAGCCUGGUGAUCGGUCAGAGUCAUCCCACGCAUGCAGGGCAUCCUUCCACGUCUGUCGGUUCUGGGUCACCGCACAGUCCGCGUAGUCCAGCGUCGCCAUUUGCACCACAACUAUUGACGCCCCCGCGUUCGUCCUGCGGGAACGAAUCACCUCCGCCAUCGACGACCACAGCCACAGCCGGAAGCUGCCUCAAAAGACGUUCGGUUAGCGAAUGCAGCUCUCAGUCAUCGCAGUCCACAGGGUCAGCGGCUGAAUCAGAUGAGGUCGACAUCCUUGGCUACAAUAGCGGUUCCAACCAUAGCGAUACAGAUGACCACUCAUCCAUCCAGAGCAUGACGUCGGACGGUGGCGUGGCCAUCUCAAGUAAACGACUCUGUCUACCGCAGCCGACGACCGCAACCACGACAACUGGCCUUGGCCAGCCGACAUCUGUAAUCGUCACCAAGAAAUCAGAGAAGCUUUAAGCGAAGAAGCGGGGGAAGAACAUGAAAAAUAAAGAGAAACCUGGGAGAGAGAGAGAGAGAGAGAGAAAGAAAGCAAGCGAGAGAGAGAGAGAGAGAGAGAGAAAGUGAGAAAGAAAGAGAACGAAAUAAGGGAACACCAAUACAGGGCAAGGGACGAAGCGCCACUCAGCUAUAAUAAUAAUAAUAAUAAUAAUAAUAAUAAUAACAAUAAUAAUGAGAAGACUGGUAAAAUAAGUCGAAAAGUGCUGCUUGUGAAAGUAGUAAGAAUAGCAUAUAUAUAGAGAUGAAAGAGGAAGUGAUGACAUGAAAGAGAAGUUACAUUAUACACCGACCCAUAAGUGCAGACGAAAAUCGCACGAACAGACAACAAUAGAAUACUACUGCUACUACCUAAUAACCUCUAUUAUUAAUUAACAAUGACCGUACUAAUCGUCUCGAUAGAUGGUCAACAACAAAAUGCCGUGACGACGAUCGCGAUGAUGAUGAUGAUAUUAACCGGGACGAUUAAGGACAUAAAGAAGACGCCGUGGCGGAACCUUUCACACCCUUUUAUCUAGUUACAUACACACAAAAAUGCGAAUAUACGUAAAAUGCAGAACGCGGGAGACAAAAGAAACAGUAACUAGAGGGUAGGUACACACACAAAAAUUUUCGCAUUCGCUUACGGACAUAGAAAUAUACACACUUCAGACGAGAAGAUUUGGCAAAGAAAAAUGGAUGACGGGGACAGCCCGUAAGUAUAGGGCAGAAGAAUACACUGAGCGAUAUUGUUUAAAUGUAGUCCAAAAACUAAAAGAAGUGGAUGAAAAAGACGAGGAACACCCACAAAGAAAUACGGAAAAUAGUGUAGCUGCGGAAGACAAGGAGAAGAAGAGAAACAGAAUUGGUACUGAUAUACAAUAAUAAUUAUUAUUAUUAUAUAACGAAUGACGAUAAUAUAUUGUGCGAAAAGAUACAAAUAUAUAAUAUAAUAUAUAAGAAACACUCGAUAUAUAAAUAGAGAUGCACAGUUGGUUGAUUACCCAAACGGUUCUGAACAUAAUACAAUGGACGUUUUACAAAAGCAUAAAAGACGCUGAGCUUGGAACAGUUAAAGCUAUAGAUUCACUGUUGAACAAGAAGAAAAGGCUGCAAAAAUAAGCAAUUCAUAUUAAUAUUAUUAUUAUUACACGAACAGCUAAUUGCUGGUCCCAUAAUUUGUAUAUCUUUUUAAAUGAUUUGCUUGACUGAAAUAACGCCGUAGCGCUGAUUCUACGCCUUUUACGUGUGCCCAGUAAAACCUGGGUAUGCUAGAAAUCAUCGCAGUGAUUCUGACUGCUCCACUUCAUCUAGAAAAUUUGUAAGUUGAAACGUUUAAAAAGCUGAACUUGUUUUUUUUCUAGCUUGUUUUCGUAAGUUUUUUCGCUCCCGAGCGUUUCUUUAAGCGCUUUGCCUGUCCAACUAUAAAUUCAAGCGCGUACAUUUGUACAUAGACAUAUAUACAAAAAGCUUUCAAUAUUACUGCACGCGAUAUCACUAGUACUUCGGAGAAAAUGGGGGAUAGGGCCUGGUCGAUUUUGAUAAAGCUACGAAACGUGUAACAGUGGAAUAAGUAGAAAGGUAACUCUAAUGGGGCACAUGGCAACCGCACUCGACGCACUCCACUUCAGUUAAAGUGCGAGUAGAGUUCUCCGUUCCAGUUUCUUUGUACGCUUUUGUUUGUUCAGCGCCUGCGAUGAUAAUGAGUUAGUACUUCUGUAUUGUGACUGCGACAGGGUGCGCAGGUAGCGGCCGGGUCUCCGCGCUCUGCAGUGAAUAAGGCAGACAUAGAUUUUGGUUAGCAUCAGAGGCACGCAAAACGCAUGCGUCAUUUUAGUCGCUUCAUCCUCGUUCCCAAAGUUCGUCUGCUAGCUAUUUUGCGAUGACAACAACAGUGCAAUGUUCGUGUCGAUUAGACAGUUAUUAAAUAGAAGAAGACAACUAGCGACUUGGAUGGAAAGACUCUUAGCGUUAAAAGGGAAUGAAAGGGAAAAGAAGAGAGGGAGAGAGAAGUUGAAAAAGAAACAAACCCAGUCCGAACGUCGCAAGUCGCGACACAAUGGAGCGCGCGCCCUCAAAAUAUCAAUGCCUAAUAUCAAUCCUAUAGAAAAAAGUUAACACAGCAACACUAUAUACAAACAUAAACAAACUCGGCCUCGUCUAAACAAGUUUCCGGCGCCUUCGCAACCUUUAAUAGUCCAUUGCAAUAGUCCAUAGCAAACUUGAAUUCGUGUAAGCCAAUAUGAAAGGCGUCUAGGCAAAAGACGGAUGAUAGAUGACAGGUACACCUCAGGAACAGUGUCACGGAUGGGAAUAAUCUCGUCUGAAUAAUGUACAUUUUCACGUACUUUACGCAAACAUAAUUUUAUGUAUUAUUAGACAUAGUGAAACAGUGAGAGAAACGCGAAAAGAACGAUAGAAAUAAACAACCUACAUAAACAAAGGGGUCCGUGACCUAUCUACUGUUUAAGCUAACACUACAACCGACAGCAUCAGUGCGUUCCUCACUUGCCUCACCGUCGACCCUACAAAAGCCUCAACAGCCUAUUCGUACGGCUCAUUCGACAUACUGUGAGUAAACAUGAAACAGACCGUGUUUUAUUAUAUUUUUAUUAUAGAGACGUACACGUAAACAGGCUUCAAUCGGUUGUACCGGCAAAGGAUUACGUAGCUAGUUGUCUUUGCUGUUGGCGUGACGCAGAGGUGACACAGGCUGGUAGAUUCGUCCAGCAGUAGAAAAAAACGACAAGAGCGCGCAGUUUAAACGCGCUGCCUGUCUACGACAUUGUAUUACAGUUGGACCGACCAUUAUAAGAAUGCUGAAUAAAAGAAACGUGCUCAAACAAAAGAAAAAGGAGGAAAGAGUAUAAAAAUGAGAAGAAGGAUAUGCGAAGAUUCAUAGGCAAGCUGACAGGCAAAAGUUCCAAGCUGCGAAGGAGAGUGAAAACAUGAGCGCGCCAAUUCGGCCCUGACAAACAGAUAGCGAAAAGAAAAUUGUCGCCGCGUAAAAAAGCACGCCCUAAGGUGCAAAAAAGUAUACACGUACAUUAUAGAUAUUUGGCUAUAUGAGAUGCAACUCCUGGAUGCAUAAGCGACACCGACGACAACGCAUGACAUCGAUCUCUGGCCCCAUCGGCCGUUUUGACAGCCGGCAGACCAUCGCCUGCCAAAUUAGUUGCAGAAACGAUGCAAGAUGGGACGAGCCAAAGAUGCAAAGAAAUUGUUGAAAAACAACAAGCUGAACAUGGGAACACGAAACAUGGACAGAUAUCUGACGAUUGCAAGUAGGUGAUAGACACUGAUCUCAGGACUCUCCGGUCAGGUACUACGUUCGGUUUCGAACAAACAAGCCCCCUAAUGUUCGUCUGCUAAUCUAUGCGGUGGGCUUAUCGGCUGUGCAAUGCAGUUUGCGCGUUGUUCGACGGUGGUAGUGAUACAUGUUGGUACCUGUUCAAGAAGAGGCGAGAUUGCCGGCGGAUCGUCGAUGGCUUUGGAAAUGAUUUUCCCACUGCACCAGCGGAGCUGAUGAAGUGACCUCACUGCAACUCAGUUCAGAGCGCUUGCCAUGAUAAUCCGCAAGAUCGCUAUAGCUCACAGCGCCGUUGAAUAGAAUUAUUGAUUUCUUAGGGUUCAGAAGAAUGAGAUGAAGGCGAUGAACAUAACUUGAAGCUUCAUCGGGCUGGAGAUUAUAUGAGCGGGAAUAUAAAAGCAUAUUCUAGCAAGAGGGCGCGAUCCAUGUGGGGAGAGGCAGGUUUUCAUAGGAGCGUUCAAAUGAGAACGGUCGACGUUAGGCGGUUGAACCAAUAGCAUUGAGUUACUCUGCGUGUGGGUUGAGGCACACACGCGCUCACGCUGGACUUAACUCGUUCAGGAGGUAAACGUAUGAUUUUAUGUCGCGAGUCCCCAUAACUCUCUCUCUCUCUCUCUCUCUCUCUCUCUCUCUCUCUCUCUC